AUGGCGUCCAUUCCCUGUUCGAUCCACGCCGAGCUCUCAUCGUCUUCCUCCUUCGCCGCUGCGACGGCGGCGCCGCCAUGGGGCCGGCUCUCGCUACCGCCUUGCUCCGUUUCUUCUGGCCUGCCCUCAGCAGGGGGGCUGAGGACGCCGUUUCUAGGCCUAGCGAAGACUCCGGGAGGGCUGCGGGGCUCCUCCGGCGUGAGGGCCGAGGCAGGCCCGGGGGGCGGCGGCGGCGGUGGCGGUGGCGGUGGCUUGCUUAAGAUAUGGAGCAGUGGGAUUGCCUCCGAGAUGGGCGGCAUCUACAGCAGACUUGACGGCGCCUCGCAGGUUGGUCAGAAUGCUCCUCCCUCUCUUCGCAUCUUCCGCCGUUCUGUGAAUCCCAGAUUGCGUCGUUGCUCGUAUUUUUCUUGCCUCCUUGAGUAAUUUGAUGAGUUCCUGUGCGUUUCCGACCUCGUGGAGAAGUUCUUAGAACGAACCGAGGGACGACGGCUCGAUUUGAUGAGAAGCAGAAUCCUAACACGGGGAAUAUUAGGUUAACUGCUGGCUGUUUUUUUCCUGAUUCGUUGCGCUGUUUGAGCGGGGGAAAGUUUAGACACUCCAUGAUUCCUCCUCCUCAAGAUCACUAUGACUGCACCCUCACCUCCUCAUAAUCUAUAAACAGUUACUCUAAUAAGCUGUAAUUGGUGUGGAUGAUCAAACUCCUGAUCGCAAACGAGGUAGUUGCUGACCCUGAGACGGAGAAAAUUAGGGUAGAUUCGUUCAACCAGACGAGAAGUCAAACCCUAAGACAGAGGAUUAGGUUAGCAGCUGUUUGUUAACCUAUUCCGUACCUCUGAUUGAGUAGAGUAAAUUGCAGAGACUCGCCUCCUCAAAAUCUAUAAUCAAUUACCCCAAUAAGUUGUGACUCGUGUCGCAUGAUCGAACUCCCGAUCCCGAACGGGGUAGUUUCUAACCAUGAGACGGAGAAAAGUAGGGUUGAUGGGUUCAACUAGGUGAGAAGAAGAGCCCUAGAACAGAGGAUUAUGCCAGCAUCUGGCUGUUUUCCUCCUCCGUGCCUCUGAUUAGAGUAGAGUUAGAUUGCAGAGACUCCAUGGACAACACCCUACGUCACUGGAACUGAGACGGAGAAAAUUAGGGUAGAUGGGUUCAACAAGAUAAAAGUCAAACCCUAACACCAAUAAGCUGUAACUGGUGUGCAUGAUCAAGCUCCUGAUCUCAAACAAGACAGUUUUCGACCCAUUGAUGGCAGCCAAUUAAGGGUUAAUGGGCCCAACUAGAUAAAAAAAGUCAAACCCUAAGACAGAGGAUUAGGUUAGUAAAUGGUUAUUUCCUUCUUCUGUGCCUCUGAUUAGAGAAGAGUAAAUUCCAUAGCCUCGCCUCCUCAAAAUCUAUGAAUAAUUGCUCCAAUAAGCUGUAACCGGUGUGCAUAAUCUAUGAAAAGUCAAACCGUAAGACAGGAUUAUGUCAGCAAGUGGCCGUUUCCUUCUUCCUUGCCUCUGAUUAGAGUAGAGUACAUUCCAUAGCCUCGCCUCUAGCAAUUGCUCGAAUAAGCUGUAACCGGUGUGCAUUAUCAGGCUCCCGAUCCCAAACAAUUCAGGUUUUAACCCCAUGGCCAAACCGAAGUCAAACCCUAAGAUGGGUUCAACUAGAUAAAAAAGUCAAACCCUAAGAUGAACAAAACCGAAGUACACCAUGGCGGAGGAAGCAAAUGGCUUCCUUUUGCCCCUGCAUGAGAGGAGGAAGAUUGCCGAGAGACUCCAUGGCCAACCCUUUUCCUUAGAACCAAUACCUAAGUACACCAUUAAAUCAUCACUAGUGAACGAUCAAGCUCCUGGUGGUAGACCAGGUAAUAUCAGCAUCAGUUCCUCAACCUUCUUGCGCUUCAAGGCAAGCCGAUGUUCCUCCACUGGGGUAUGUGUCAGCCCUGCUGUUUGAGCCACACUAUCAUGUCUGAUUAUGAGAUAGUCAACGCUGAGGUGAGUUCAUAUGGCUGGAGAGAAUGAGAUUCCACUCAUGAGGAGUGAUCUAACGUACUCUCGAAUUGUGCCCGUUGACCUACCGGUUGAUGUGAUCUAACAUGGCGUUUGACCUUCUACGUGGAUUUGGAAUGUCCACAAUUUCUGGCUGGUCAAGUUAUAUAGGUUCCCCUCCAGCUUGAGAUGCAGAAAGUCAACCAAGUUUACUUUGAGAAUUCUUCGCUUCAGAAUUUCCGGUAUAGGAAAAUAACUCGGGAGAAGCCUGGAGAAUAUCUCGAGGGAAGCUUCCCUCAUGGAAUAAAUAUAUUUAUUCCAUUCUGAGACACAGUAAGUCAAGCCAGUUGACUUGUAGUGUUCUUCACUUCAGAAUUCCGGUUUUAGGAAAAUAAUUCAGGGAAAAACCGGGGGAAUAUCUUGAGGGAACUUCUUCAUGGAAUAAACAUCUUUGACUCUCCCCUCCAGCUGACACGCAACAAGUCAACCCAGUUGACUUUCAGAAUUCUGGCUUUGGGGGAAUAAUUCGAAAGAACCCAAAAUCUUCGUGGAAUAAAUAUGACUCUCCCUGACCUGCAUGCAGGUGAGACUCCCACCCACCACCACCACGACACCGGCGCGUCCUAGAGAGAGAAGAUUCAUUCCUUUGGUCAACGGCAGCGGAAGCGGCGGGCCAACCGCAGAGGAGGCAGAGGAGGCCGCCUCUUCCCCCCCACCACCCCCGGAGGCGGCAAAGCGGCCGGUCUUGACAGCAAGGGAGAAGCUGCGGGCGGCGCGGGUCCUCUCGAGGUACGCAGUGGACUCAAAGUCAUCGGCGGCGCCGCCGACGACGACGCCGGCGGCGCCGCCGCCGCGGAAGGCGGAGUUCGGGAGCAGGGUGCUGGAGGCGAUGAGGGAGACAGACGGAGGGGGGAAGAGGAGGUCGGGGCUUCCAGAAGCCCCGUCGAACCUUCUGGACGACAGCAAGCGGGGGCUCUCGAAGGGCGGGUUCAUCUUCGACUUCCCAGGGAACUCGGACCUUCUCGUCAUCGCCUUCUCCUUCGUCUUCAUCAGCACUGUCAUGUUCGCCACCACCUUCCUCGUCUGGAAGCUCGGCGCCAUCCACUUCAACGAGUACUGA